AAAAUCCCAUUCGCUGGAUGUUCCCAUCCCUGACUACCUGCAUCAAAAGCCAAUACCGAGCGUCUUCCCAGAUAGCUAACGUGCGCUGGAGGGAAUCGAGUUGUGGCUUGGUGGUUGGGUGCCCUAUGCUAGGGUUGGGCUCGGGCAUUGGGAGUUUAAGUGUCAGGUUGGGCAGGCCUAGAUGGUCUGGCCCAUUGCCACCCUAGUGCCCUAGCUUUUAGGUAGGCCAUAUGACUUAACCGGGCCGGGCCUAUGCUUGUCAAAGGGCUGUGACUGACAUUUUCUGGGAUUUUACUUGCGCUUUGGUUACAACUGAUUGCAUUACUCGGUACAUUGUUGGACAGGCAGAGAGAGAGAGAGAGAGAGAUGGAAGAUGAUAAUGACUUCACCUUUUGUCAGGUUGGUUUAGAAACAGAUGAAGACCAUUUGGAGUCUCCCAAAACCAUACCCAACAUUGCCAGCAUCACGAUCAAGGAUGGCGAUUCGACUGGUCUGAGUUGUAAUACAGUCAAUAAUUCUCUACAGGAGCAUAAUUCAUCAUAUGAUGCGACGUCCACUAAGUCGGGAACUGACUGUUCUUUGAACUUUAAGGUUAUCCAUAGGCCACUUCCAAAAUUCAAAGCAGGUGUGUCAUUGCAACGAUGUCUUGGGGAUUCAGUUCAUGGUUCCAUGCAAAAGAAGGAUGUUACAGAAAAGUCCACCACACGUUCAAAGUUCCUUUUUGAGAAAGGGUUUAGCCAAAUGGACUGGUUGAAGAUCGCGCGGACACAUCCUGACCUUGCAGGAUUAAGGGGGCAGUCAAAUGAACGGUUGAUUUCUAUGGACGAGGUUAAGCAACACAAAACCGAUAGCCCUAUUUGGACGGUUUUAAAAGGACGUGUAUACAACAUUUCACCCUACCUGAAGUUCCACCCUGGAGGGGUCGAUAUGUUAAUGAAGGCAGCUGGAAAAGAUUGCACCUCAUUAUUCAACAAGUACCAUGCUUGGGUGAAUGCUGAAUUCUUGCUGGAGAAGUGCCUGGUUGGCACCUUAGACGACAACUGAUGAAGGACAACCACAGAUCACUGGCCGAGUUACUGGGCCCAGUCUUCUUUGCCGUGUAAAUUAUAACUUUUUGCUGCCUCUGAACCUUAUAUUAUAAUUCCAUGUGUAUCAUAAGUGAUUAUACGUCCCCCAAUU